UAUUUGACGGCUCAACAUAAAUCAAGAUUUCAAGAACGCUCCACUUCUACUAACGCUGUGUGCUCGAUUAAGCUUUUGUACACGUUUCCUUUAUUUGGUUUAAUUAUAAUAACUUUAAAAUGUUCCAUAAUUGUGAUAAAAAUUCUAAUUUAAAAAGUAUGACUUCUGCGAAUCAGGGUUUAAAAUCAACUGAAACCCAAAUAUCCUGAACAUAAUAUUCAAUAUUGUAUUUUAUUAUCUUUUAGUCAUCAAAUAAACUUGUAUUUCAAGUGUCCCCAAUAUGUUUCUAUCCUACACUGAUAAGUGAGUCUGCCUUAUCAUUUCUGCUCAAGAUAAUAUUUUAUUCAGUCUUAUUCACACCAAGUCAACAGGUGUCUCUUGAAUAUAUAUUUUUUACUAGUGAUUCAUUUGCCUUAUUAUUUUGUGAAAGAGUUAUAGUUUAGCUUAUUAUUUUGUAACAUACAAGAAGUAAAAAUGGCAUCCAGUGAUGCUGAGAUUAAGGAUGGCUUCAACCUGCCUGUCUGGAUGAAGAUGAAACCUACUCGAGAUUUCGAGCCUUUCGCCGCCUCUCCCCCCGGACAGGAUGACGCCUUUUUUAUCCGAUACCCCAACACCAAAGCUUUGUUCGGAGCCAACCUAGAGCGCGACGUCGCGAAAAUCGUCAAAGAACCAACCGGGAUUAAAGAGAAAGAUUGGUCGAAGCACACCAAGCCGUGCCAAGACGUGCUCCACGGCAUCGCGCCAAUCAACACAGCUGCGAACCCGAUAUCACCGAAGGUGCUAGGCACCGACGAAGAGUUCAAGGGCGAGGGCGCCGCGUGCGGCAACUCCGUUGUCAAGGUCGCGCACCAGAUGAUCUCGUCGACGCGCUCCCCGCGCGGCUUCACGGUGGCGGCGCCGGCGGAGGAGGCGGAGGAGGCGGAGCAGGCGGCGCGGGCGCCGGACGCGGCGCGCUACGACCUGCGCGCGCGGCGCGGCAGCAAGAGCCUGCCCGCCACGCCCGCGCACUCGCCGCCCGGCAGCCCCGCCUCCAGGCGCAAGAACAGGGGCAACCGUUACUUCACUUCACCGUUCGAGCCAGCGGACGACGCGAGCCACCGCUCCUGGCUGACCAUGGCGCUGCUGGGCUUCAAGAAAGAUCUGACCACUUCCACAUCCACGCUCGCCGAGGAGGACGCCGUCGAAGCCAGAUUACACGGUUCCCUCGCAGAAUCAGUGGAGAGUCUCGGGCCAGCGCCGCGCAACAGAGCCGCCCCCGCUCCCGCUGCCGCCCCCGCCUCUGCCUCCGCCUCCGCCUCCGCCUCUGCCGCGCCCCGCCCCCGCCCGCGCCCCUCCGAACUCCGGGAGAUGAACUUCUGGUCGCCUACAUCUAUGUAAGCCACAGUUGGGGGUAUCUCGUAAGAAUGAUUUCCUCGCAAAUCGGUUCCUGAGCUUUCAAAUUAGGAAGAUUAAUAAGCAGUUGACUUAAAGUCCAAUUUAAAAGAAUCAUUAUGAGGAUAAAAGAAUUCAUGACGAGACC